AUGGAGAAAGUCCUAGGACCGCUUAUGGGAGCAGAAGUUUCCGUAUACAUUGACGAUAUGCUUGUAGCAACAGAGACAAUGGAGCGUCAUGUCGAGGUUUUGAAACAGGUCUUCCAAGCACUACGCAAAGCGCAUUUGAAACUCAAGCCACAAAAAUGCCGUAUCUUGGAAAGCUCCGUAGAGUUCUUAGGACACGUAGUGGAUAAGGUUGGCUUUCGAACCGAUCCCGGCAAGGUAGAGAAAAUUCGAGAUUAUCCGUAG